UUAACACAUCUUGCUUUCACAUAAAAGAAAUAUAAGAAACAAGCCUCGCUCCCUCCCAGAUCCUUCCUCUCCUCCCACAGCCCGAUCAGUUGCUGUGAGGUCCUGCAGAGGUUCUUCAAUCCAGACGUAUACGAUCCACACCAGUAAACAAGAGCAGUGAUGGUUCCUGAAUAUUACCCAGAAGGCACGGUUCCAUUGCAGGAGGGGAAGUAUAACGGGUUCCCAGGGGAGCCAGGACAGUUCGGACCGUCUGGACAGUUCGGACCGUCUGGGCAGUUCGGACCGUCUGGGCAGUUCGGACCGUCUGGGCAGUUCGGACCGUCUGGGCAGUUCGGACCGUCUGGGCAGUUCGGACCGUCUGGACCUGCAGUGGUUGGCCACACCACUGUGAACAUAACCAAUGAGCCCGUCAAGGACCACUUUGUCUGGUCCCUCAUCAAUUGUAUGCACCUAAACGUCUGCUGUCUUGGGCUGGUGGCUCUCAUCUUCUCUGUCAAGGCCCGAGACCGGAAGAUGGUUGGAGAUAUUGAAGGUGCCCGACAUCACGGCUGCACCGCCUUCGGCCUGAACACCGCCAACACUGUUCUGGUUGUAAUCCUGGUCAUCAUUUUGAUUGUUCUCUACUACAAUAACCCCAUGAUGUCCGGAAUGAUCGCUGGAAUUUUUUGGAGCAGGCUGUGAAGGAGUGAAGAUGUUACCUGCUGUGACAUGUAGUGAACAAAACUGCUUCAUGUUUGUGACCAAAGUGUAAAAUGAAACAGUUUGAUUUGUCAAUAAAAAAAAAUCUGUUUCAUAACCA